AUGGUUCUUCCUCAGAGCUUUGACCAUGGCGAGCCAGAAACCGUUGAUUUUUCAGAAACGCCGCGUUUCAGCGACGACCUUGGCUCUGCUUGCUCCACGCCGUUCGUCAGCGCUCCGUCUAGUCCCGGUCGUGGUCCACCGCCGGGUUAUUUCUUCAGCGCACCGUCGAGUCCGAUGCAUUUCUUCCUCUGCUCUGCUUCUUCAUCGGAGAAUCCAAAGCUCGACUCGCCGUCGUCCGGCGACUUCGAAUUUGAUUUCUCGUCUCGGUUGUCUUCGAGCAGUGGUCCGCUGGGCACUGUAUCAAUGACCUCCGCGGAAGAGCUCUUCGCCAACGGUCAGAUCAAGCCGAUGAAGCUCUCCUCGCAUCUUCAACGGCCUCAGAUCUUAGCUCCGCUUCUAGAUCUGGAAACCGAGGAGGACGACGACGAAGAGCCGAAACCAGACGGUGAUGUGAUUAGGCGUGGGAGAGAUCUGAAGCUGAGAAGCAGAUCUGUUCACCGAAAAGCAAGAUCUCUCUCUCCGCUCCGAAACGCAGCGUAUCAGUGGACCGAAGAGGAAGAAGAAGUCGCCGGAGAGAGACAAGUGAAGGAGUGUAUACGGAAGCUACAGAACGACUACGAAGAGGGAGAGAAGAGUAAUGAUAACGUGCCGUCAUCUGAAACGACGCCGUCUUGUUCUGCUUCGUCUUCACGAUCGUCUUCUUACGGUAGAAACUCUAAGAAGUGGAUAUUCCUUAAGGAUCUGCUUCAUCGUAGCAAGAGCGAAGGAAGAGGUAACGCGAAGGAGAAGUUCUGGUCCAACAUUUCAUUCUCUCCUUCCAACUUCAAAGAGAAGAAACUCAAAUCUCAACCUCUCACCGUCUCAAAGGAAGAGAAACCGAUUGCGGAAACAGAGAAGCUGAAGCAGAAACAACCACCGGCGAAAAAAGCUCCGAUCGCCGGAAAACCGACCAAUGGGAUAGCGAAACGGAGAGGAUUACAGCCGUCGGCUCACGAGCUGCAUUACACAACGAACAGAGCUCAAGCAGAGGAGAUGAAGAAGAGGACGUAUUUGCCAUACAGGCAUGGACUCUUCGGCUGUUUAGGGUUUAGUUCCAAAGGCUACAGCGCCUUGAACGGUUUAGCUCGCAGCUUAAACCCGGUCUCAUCCGGUUAA